AUGGGGUGGAUGGACAAAGAAGCUGAGGUGUACACGGAAGGCUGGUCAGUAGAGCGCCCACGACUGCUUCACUCCCUUCCACACACAAGACUGAAUUUUGCACAAGCGUCAACGGCCUGCUUCGACCAUGACCGCCUCCGCGCGCUCAAGGCCUUUGACGACACCAAGGCCGGCGUCAAGGGCCUCGUCGACGCGGGCGUCACCACCAUCCCCGCCAUCUUCCAUCACCCGCCGGAGUCCCUAGCCGACGCGCCCCAUCUUCACCAUGGUCACCACCAGUUCGCCAUCCCGGUCAUCGACCUCGCCGGCCUCGCGACGCUGACGGGGCGGGCCUCCGUGGUCGGCGCGAUGAAGGCGGCCGCCCAGACGGUGGGCUUCUUCCAGGUGACGAACCACGGCGUGCCGGAGUCGGCCAUGUCCGAGGUCCUCGCGGCGGUGCGGCGCUUCAACGAGGAGCCGGCGGAGGCCAAGGCGCCGUACUACAGCCGGGACCCGAAGCGGCGCGCGCGGUACCAGUGCAACUUCGACCUCUUCCGGUCGCCGGCGGCGAGCUGGCGCGACACGCUCUACAUGGAGAUGGCCCCGGAGCCGCCGCCGCCCGAGGAGAUCCCGCCGGCGUGCCGGACCAUCGUGCCGGAGUACGCGGGGCUGGUGCAGCGGCUGGGGCGCACCCUCUUCGGGCUGUUGUCAGAGGCGCUGGGCCUCCCGCGCCGGUACCUGGAGGAGGAGGCCGGGUGCCUGGAGGGGCUGAGCGUGGGCUGCCACUACUACCCGGCGUGCCCGGAGCCGCGCCGAACGCUGGGCAACGCGAGGCACUCCGACCCCAGCUUCCUCACCGUGCUCCUCCAGGACGCCGUCGGCGGCCUCCAGGUGCUCGUCGACGAUGAGAAGCGGCGGCCGGCGUGGCUGGACGUGCCGGCGGAGGCGGGGGCGCUGGUGGUGAACGUCGGCGACUACCUGCAGAUCCUGUCCAACGACCGGUUCAGGAGCGUGGAGCACCGCGUGGUGGCCAACGGCGCCGGUCCCCGGGUGUCCGUGGCAUGCUUCUUCCGCGCCGACGCGUCGACGAGGGUGCUCGCGCCCAUCGUUACCGCCGGUGACGGCGACGGCCGCGCGCGGUACCGGAGCACGAAGGUGCCGGAGAUGCUCCGGCACUACGGCGCCAAGGGCCUGGACGGCGUCUCUGCGCUCCAGCGCGUCAGGAUCUGAACGAAUCUCUCACCUCAUCCAAUCUGAAUGUAUCCAGGUCAAUUCUUGCGUUCAUGAUUCAGAUUCGUGUUUGGAUCUGAAUUCAUGAUUCAAAUUCAUCCUACAAUGCAAGAUGCAAUCUCUGUAGUACAUGUUUUCUGAAGGAUGCAACUGUGGAUUCAGU